UAUAUAUUUUUUAUAAUGUUUCGACAUAUCCUCAUUUUCUCCCUGGUGUUUUUACUACUGACUGAUGAGUCGGAUGCUUGGAGAAGAAGAGUUUUCAGAAGAAUUGGUAGAAGAAUUGGUAGAGCAGUUAGAAAAGUCGUAAAAGGCGCUGGAAAAGCAGCAGUGGCUAUUGCUAAGGCCAAAGCAGUUAUUGGCACAGUAAAGACAGUCGCGGCCGCGGUUGGGAAAAGAUCCGUUGAUAAUAAUGUUUUCACCAUAAAUGUCUGCAAUUUUUCGUCUUUUGAUCUGAAUGAUAACAACGUCAUCACCGAAGACGAAGUCGACACUCUCAUAGAAAUGACAGGCGCUGUGGAUUUAGACCAGUUCUUCGAAUUAAUUGAUAUCAAUAAAGAUGGACAGAUCACACUUCAGGAGUAUAAUGACUCAAACAUAAUAAUGGAAAGUUGCCUGGUGAAAUGAUAAUGACUUCAUUUAACUUUCCUUGUAUAUGUAAUGAGAAGAAUUUUCAAUAGAUUUUGUCCCAUUGUUUUUUUGAU